AUGUCGAUGACCUGCCGCUACGCAGCCCAGCGCUGCGCACAACAGCUCCGGACGGCAAGCCUCGUCCGCCCGAGCGGCACCAUGGCGUCCUUCGGCGUCGCUCCCCAGCGCAUCGCACGGCGGAACAACUCGACGGAAGCCGCCGUCGACCCCAAGAUCGCUACCAUUGUCGACCAGAUCAGCCAAUUGACGCUCCUCGAGACGGCCAGCCUGGUGUCGAGCUUAAAGACCCGGCUGAACAUCCCCGACCUGCCGAUUGGUGGCUUCGCGGCGGGCCCCGCAGCACCUGCAGCAGCCGCCGAGGCCCCAGAGGAGGACGACGCACCGGCAGCGGCCGAGAAGUCGCUGUUCACGCUGAAGCUGGAGAGCUUUGAUGCGGGCUCGAAGCCCAAGGUCAUCAAGGAGAUCAAGAGCCUGCUGGGCCUGAGUCUGGUGGACUCCAAGAAGUUCGUCGAGAGCGCGCCCAAGAUGAUGAAGGAGUCGGUGCCGAAGGAGGAGGCCGAGAAGAUCAUUGCGACGCUCAAGGAGCUGGGCGCCGUGGUAACCAUGGACUAA